GAGGUGUAACACAUCCCCAGCUCACAUCUGGCGCGCCAGAAGAGCCCGUUGUUUUGUUUUGUUUUGUUUUGUUUUUAGCGCAACCUGUCUCGGGGUAGUUCCUCUGAGCUGGAUCAGCGUUCCCGUGUGUGUGAGCGGAGAGAGAUGGAAGGUCGGAUUUGGCCCGAAACGGAGAGAUUCGUUUUGGAUAGGGCGCGUUUUGGUAUGCGUAAAAGAGCGCGUAAAUAAACCAAAAGAAUCGCCCGCAGAGUACGGAAAAGAAAACAUCUGAACCGCAGCGAGGUUCCCCCACAGGUGGUUCCCGUCGCUUUCAUCCGCUCCUUUUCUGUCUUCUGGCAGCAGAAAAGUCAUGGGUCACUGACUCUGACAUGAGGACGCACCUUCCUCCUCUCAGCCUUCUGAUCAGACCAGCGGCCAGCAGCGGGAAGCAACAAGCUUCUAAAUGAUCAGCUCUGUGUGCGUUUCGACUUACCGAGGGCGCAAAUCAGGAAACAAACCUCCGUCUAAAUCAUGUCUGAAGGAGGAGAUGGCCAGAGGGGAGGACUCGGAAAAAAUCAUCAUCAACGUCGGCGGCACCCGGCACGAGACCUACAAGAGCACCCUGCGGACGCUGCCGGGGACGCGCCUGGCCUGGCUGGCCGAGCCGGACUCCCAGGGCUGCUGCUCCGAAUCGGACGCCGAGCUCCCGAGCGUCUCCGAGUUCUUCUUUGACCGACACCCGGGCAUCUUUGCCUAUGUGCUCAACUACUACCGGACCGGGAAGCUGCACUGUCCAGCGGACGUGUGCGGCCCGCUGUUCGAGGAGGAGCUGGCCUUCUGGGGGAUCGAUGACACCGACGUGGAGCCGUGCUGCUGGAUGACCUACCGGCAGCACCGGGACGCGGAAGAGGCUCUGGAGAUAUUCGAGCCGCCCGACCCGGAGGACACGGAAGACGACAGAGACACGCCGAGACGGUUCGGCAUUGAGGACCGCAGCGACAGGUCCAGGGGGUGCUGGGAAGUUUGGCGACCCAAAGUGUGGGCCUUGUUUGACGACCCGUACACCUCCAAAGCAGCCAGGGGGGUGGCCAUCAUCUCCCUCUUCUUCAUCCUGGUGUCCAUCACCACGUUCUGCUUGGAGACGCAUCAGGCCUUCGACGUCAAACAAAACAUUACAGAAUUCGUCAAAGAGGGAAAUAUCACGCGAGAGGAGAUCAGGGAAGAGAUCGUCACCAGCCCAAAGCUCAUCAUGGUGGAGGGAAUCUGCGUGGUGUGGUUUACCUUUGAGUUCCUGGUCCGAAUCAUCUGCUGCCCACGCAAACUGGCCUUCAUCAAGAACACACUCAACAUCAUUGACUUUGUGGCCAUCCUGCCUUUCUACCUGGAGAUGAGCUUGAGGGGUCUGUCGUCCAAGGCGGCCACCAACGUGCUGGGUUUCCUCCGCGUGGUGCGCUUUGUGCGGAUCCUGCGGAUCUUCAAGCUCACGCGUCACUUCGUGGGCCUGCGCGUGCUGGGUCACACGCUGAGGGCCAGCGUCAACGAGUUCCUCCUGCUGGUUAUCUUCCUGGCAUUGGGAGUGCUCAUCUUUGCCACCAUGAUCUACUACGCCGAGCGCAUCGGAUUCACCUACACCUCUGGUAAAAACAACCCCGAGGUUAAGAACCACUUCAGAAACAUCCCCAUCAGCUUCUGGUGGGCCGUGGUCACUAUGACCACGCUGGGCUACGGGGACAUGUUUCCGCAGACGUGGCUGGGCAUGAUGGUGGGGGCGCUGUGUGCGCUGGCCGGCGUGCUGACCAUCGCCAUGCCCGUUCCGGUCAUCGUCAACAACUUCGGCAUGUACUACUCGCUGGCUAUGGCGAAGCAGAAGCUGCCGAAGAAGAAGAAGAAGCACACCCAGAACCCAGACGCGCCGACCGACUCCGCCUCGUUUGUGAAGUCGGAAACGAACUCGCACAUCGACAGCACCCAGAGCGACACGUGCCCCCUGGCGGCGGAGGAGAGCAGCAGCAGGAACCGCUCAGACUCCAAACAGAACGGGGAUGCGAAUGUGGCCCUUUCAGACGAGGAAGGCUGCAGUCUGACCCAGCCGCUGUCCCCCAGUGAGAAGUGGUCGCUGCACUGCUCCAGAGGACGAGGCAAGAACAAGGAGGGCACCUGCUUCAUCCUGACGUCUGGAGAGCCAAGCAUCCAUGUCGAAGGCUGUAAAGAUAUUCUCGGUACCACUGGAAGCUACACCCAGCCGGAGGUCACCACUCUGACCUAACGAAGGAGGAGGAAACGUGAAGUCUGCCGUCCGAUCCCUGCUGUCGAAAUAAACCGCAGAGCCACACAUUGAACAUCAAGAUGAAUCAUUUCUGUUUCCUCCUGUAACAUAUCUGAUCAACAGUAGAUAUGUAGUCAUAUUUGUGAAGCACUUUGCAUGUAUUGCAUGAUUUAACAUGGUACUAGAGUUAUACCACAUACACUUACAAUGAACUGGACAAUAUAGCUCCUUUCUAGGGCCCCGAAGCCAUUUAUUUAUGUCUAUUUAUGCGCUAAAGGCUCAUAAAACCUCAGACAGUCCCCCCUCCAAAGGAAAUUGUUCUAUUUCCUUUUUUACAGCUCAAAGUGGUAAAACCCUGAAUUUUACUAUUCCUGUUGCGAGAAUCAUUUUUCUCCAGUACAGCGGCGUUACGCAGUAAAAAACUAAAUCACAGUUAAUUACAGAAAGAGGAAAAUAGGAAGCACCAAAGCUAUAUAAGCACUUUUGUUCUUCUGUCAGCAUGGCAAUACAUCUUAUUCUAAAAUGUGAUAUUAUAUAAGUAAAUUAAAUAAGUGGUCAGCUGGCAACUAACUAACUAACUAACUAACUAACUAACUAACUAACUAACUAACUAACUAACUAACUAACUAACUAACUAACUAACUAGUUUAGGAGUUUAGGUCUUAAACUCCAAGCAAGAAACUUAGUAGAGCUUUGAAUUUGUUUAAAAUUAUUUACAAUCCAAACAAAAACUGUCCUGACUGCUUUUUAUUAGUUUGUGAUGUGUAUUUAAAGCUUAUUUCUUAAAUAUAGAUAGGUAGUCAUUGGGAUUACAACCUUUACAGAAAUAUGAGCACACACACCUAUCAUAAGGAUAUUGUGUCUGAUUAAUUUUGGAUUUUUAAGUAUUUCUUUGAACUGUUAAGUUUUCCUGGUAGAGAAACAACACGACAUACAACUUUAGUUAUUUCUGAAAACAAGAAUUGGGAGCACAUCUAUAAUCUUUUUUGUGGAUUUUCUAUCCACCGAUACAUACAUGCAGCACAUCUAAUGUUUUGCUAUUAUCAGAUAAGUCCACCAUUUCUGUGUCCAUCAACAAGCUUCGGGUUCCUUUCUGGUACAGAAUCAGAUUUCAACUAUUUUACUGGGUUGAGGUUGAAAAUUUCCAAACUUUAAACUUUGACACACUUAAGUUUUCCUAAGAUAAUAUUAGACUUCUGUAAUGGUAUUGACAACAAUGUUAUCGAAAAUUUCUGAGUUAUUUUCAAAAGUAGAGCCAAUAUCCGGACACAAAAUUUAAAUACUAAUAUAAUUCCUUAUAUUAAGCAAGGCAGGAUAUCUAGCCAGGAACACUGUAUGCCUGUUGAUGGCUUCAAAAAGUGGAGGUGUCUGUCUGAAGCUUAGCAUUGAUUAUUGAACCAAAUCAUUGGAGUUGCAUGUUGUCUUAUCAUUUCACACUUCAAAUAAAUCAAUAAAAGCCUAAAAUAACACCAUGCUGGUGAUAGGUUUGAACAGAACCGUAGGUGUAAUAAAGACACCUUUGAGCAUAGAUUAUCAUAUUUUCCGCUGUUUGCCUUCUGCUGUGUCACUGCCUUCUAAUACUGCAGAAUGUGCAGAUCUGUCUGUCUGGAACAGCCCAGAAACAAUGCUGCUUAGGCAGCAUAUUAACUUGUAAAUGCUUAUAAAUUAGGACAGUUUGACAGAAGCUGGAGAAAAUAAAUCGGCGGCGCAGUAUUGUCCGUUUAUCAUAUUAGCUCAGUGCAGUUGAUGCGUCGUUACUGGUUGACUCUGGACCAAAAUGCAGACUCUAUUAGAUUAAGUUGUAGAUUUUCUGUAUGUGCUGGUAAAAAUACAUACGGUACAACGCCAUCGGUUCCGCUCGUGCCUCAUGGUGAGUAAUGGAGUUUAGAUGUCUGUAAUGUAAUCAGCUUUCGUUUCUUGCUGCCUCCAAGCCCAGAAGCAGCAGGAAAGUGAUUUCUUUUCCCGUGUUUAUAAUGUAUUCCUCAUGCUCUACCAUAGUGGCCUUAUGUUUAAUAAAGCAAAAGGGAAAUUAAUUUACGUCCUCAAAACUAUUUCUAUACUGACGCUGAUGUCUGUACCGUAUAAGCAGCUGUAAGUAUGUAGCACAGUACAACAUGAUAGAUGAUUAAAUUACCUGUAAAGUCUGUUCAUGCAUCAUAAAAUAGCUGUUGACCAACAAUGAGAGAUCAUUAUUUUGAAUAUUCACCUUUUUACCCUCAUUUUCUGUAGUUCCUGUUGUACAUAUUUGACAUUAUCAGACAAGCACAUCUGUUCAAUAUUUGACCUGAACUGAUCAUAAAGGUAACUGUGGUGAAUUUUAGCCCAGUUUAACUGUCAGGUGUGUGUGUGUGUGUGGGUGUGUGUGUGUGUGUGUGUGUGUGUAUGGGAGGGAGUGUGUGACGUUAAACCUCCAAGGCAUGUAUUUCUAUGCAGAAAUUCAAAUAAAACCCAUUUCCUUCCCCGGUGUUGAAGAUA